GUGACAUCUGGAAGGGGGCGGAAGCGGACGACGGCUGGAGAGGAGCGGAGCGGCGAUCCAUGGCGGAGUCAAUCGGCAGCACCACCACCACCACCGCGGGGCCUGAGGGGGACCCCGCGGACCCCGCGGACCCCGGGUGGAGAGGGGUCCCGGGCGAGGGAGACGCAGCAGGAGCAGCAGCAGCAGCAGCGCGGCCACCAUCGGCAGGCCCACCCGGCAACCUGGAGCCUCAAUGCGCUCCCUUGGACGGCCUGGACGAGGUCCUCGCGUGGACGGAGGCCGGGAAGGGCCCCGACUGGGCCGCGUUCCAGCGGCCCAUGGCGCCGGGAGCUCGCCGCUUCACCCCGGGGGACGUCGAAGGCCGCGGCACCCCCCGCACCCUCGUGUGCCACGACAUGAUGGGGGGCUACCUGGACGAUAGGUUCGUGCAGGGCGUGUGCUCAGACGAGCCGUACUCGUUCUACCACUGGGCCCACGUGGACGUGUUCAUCUACUUCAGCCACCACACGGUGACGGUGCCGCCCGUGGGCUGGGUGAACGCGGCACACCGCCACGCCGUGCCCAUCUUGGGGACGUUCAUCACGGAGUGGCGCGGCGGGGAGGAGGUGUGCGACCGUUUCCUGCAGGGCGAAGAGUCCGCGCGGGCCCUGGCCAACCAGCUGGUGCGCAUCUCCACGUUCUACCAGCUCGACGGCUGGUUCAUCAACAUCGAGAACAACGUCCAGCCGGAGAAGGUGGCGGUGCUGCUGGGGUUCUUGCGCUACCUGCGGGAGCUGCUGCGCGCAGCGUCGCCCCGCGCGAUGGUGCUCUGGUACGACAGCGUCGUCGCGAGCGGCCGCCUGGACUGGCAGAAUGAACUCAACGACAAAAACCGGCCAUUCUUCGACGCGAGCGACGGGAUCUUCCUCAACUACGCGUGGACCUCCGAGGGGCUGGUCCGCAGCGCUGAGCUCGCCGGGUCGCGGCGCGCCGAUGUCUACGCCGGGGUGGACGUGUUCGGCCGGGGGCUGCCCGGGCGAGAGGGCUACGCCGCCAGAAUAUCCAUGCAGGAGAUCUGGAAUCUGCGUCUCUCCGCCGCCAUCUUCGCCCCGGGCUGGGUCUACGAGAGACACGAGCGGCCGGACUUUCACAACCACCAGCACCGGUUCUGGAGCGCCAUGGUGGAGCACACAAACCCACACAGCGUCUCCGCCCUCCCCAUCUCCACCAGCUUCUGCCGGGGGCAGGGACGCAACCUCUACCGGCGCGGCAAGGUGUGCCGGGCAGGGCCGUGGCACAACCUGAGCGCCCAGAACCUGCAGCCGAUCUACACGGACACCAGACAGCUCAACCCCGAGGGCGCUCCCGGGGGUGCCGCGGAGGCGACCGCGGUGGGGGCCGCGGUGGCGUCCACGCUGGAGAGCCACGUGUACCUGCGCAGCGUGACGGACGUGGCGUUCGAGGGGGGCGGCUGCCUGCUGGUGCAGGGGUUGCUUGCUCCUGACAAGGCCCGGCUCGCCGUGCGGCUGCUGAGCGUGAUGGUGCAUUCUCCGCCCACUCUGCUGCUCUCCUACGUGUACCGAGUUGGGGGCGGCAGCGGCGGCGGGGCCAGGGAAGGGGGGGGCAGCAGCGAAGAGGCUGGCGGGGGUGCGGCGGGGGAGCCGGUGAGGCUGGGCCUCGAGCUCACCACCAUGGACAGCACCAAGUGCACGUUCAGCAACGUGUCCGUGCUGCACGCACCGGUCACCACGCACCGCCCGACCGCUCUGCCGAUUGGCGACGCGGUCUCGUCUCGGCUGAGGCAGCAGUGUGGGGGGCUGCCCCACCAGAGCUGGACUCACAGGUGCUACCUGCUGGAGCUGCGUGACUGCAUGCUGCAGGAUGUGUUCGUCACGGUGGAGAAGGCCCCCGGCGUGUCGGGCCCCGUGUCCUUCCAGUGCCACCUGGGCCUCCUGCAGAUGUUUGACGCGAGCGCGCUGGCGCGGGGCUGGGAGGCGUUCGGCGACGUGGGGCUGUGGGACGUGACCUGGACGAGCGGCGCCACCCCGGCCUCCCUCCUGCUCAGCGCCACGCUGCGCUGGUCCUACCCGUCGCGCCACCUCGCGUGCUUCCGCGUCUCCUGGAGAACCCUGCCGACGGCUCACGGCGGCACCGCCGCCGCCGCCACCACGACCACCACUCUCGACGAAGGAACGGCCGAGCCAGCACUGCUGGGCGAGGCGUUCACCAACGUGUACCGUUUGCACGAGCUGCUGGUGCCGUCCCACGUGGGCCCCGGAGAGGCUCUGCUCGAGUUCCUGGUGCAGCCGGUGUCUCUCGAGGGCUUCGUGGCGCCGUGGAACGAGUCCGGGCACGUGCAGAUCAGCUACUGCGCCCCGGCGCGGGAGGUCGGCUGCUAGCGCCGCUGCGGCGGCGGCAACGGCGCACACAAGUCACGCGGCGCCACCUGCCCCCAGCGCCACUCGCAAUGACCUACUAUAAUCACCCAGAAAUGUCUGUCCGUCCCGCUCGUGAUGUCACUCCACAUGAGGCCCACCCCCCCCCCCCCUCAUUUAUAUUCAUGAGUGGGUGGAUUUUUACACUAACGCAGAGGAAGGUCGAGCUGAAUUAAAUAAUUUAUUACGCAAAGUCGCUUCAAAUAUGACGUUUCUUUACAGAAAGUGAAAAGAAAUCUACGCAGCACAGUGCUACAUCCUGUGCGUGAUGUCACUGCACAUUCCGCACCCCUCCCCUCAUUAAUAAUCAUGAGCUGAACAAUUUUUCUAUUGAAUAUUUCAUAUUUACAGCUAGUCGACAAUAAACGGCUCUUGCAGAU